AUGGCAUCAAGAUCAGGAGAAUGGGAACCUGGAGUAGGAGAUGGUUAUAAAGGCAUUUUAAAAUCAGGAGGUGAUGGAAAAGAAUUAGAAAAAUCGCUGUCGUUUGUUGAGGCUGCCACUACUCAUGAAAUUGUAGAACUAGUUGAAACCUUGAAGGAAGAAACUCGUACUAUAUUAAGGUUGAAUGAUCCUCCUACAGCAAAGGUUAUACCUUCUACAGAGGGUGAUGGUCAAGUUUCUUCUAUAGGAGCUAGGCGCGCUGAGAUCAUGGCUAAGGCUGUCAAGUCAGAUACUGGGAGUGAAUAUUUGAAAAAGAAAUGUUUCCGAGAGCCAUCAAAGUCCUCUCAGUUAAGGGGUAGACUCAGCAAGCAGGUAUCACUCCGUCAAGGACUUUCAGAUGAGAAUGCUUCAUCUUUAAGCAACCGUGAUGUCCAAAAUUUUAUGAAAGUACCAACAAAAGAAACUUUGGAUAAACCACUAAUACCACAAAGAAGAUCUCAGAGGAAAGUUACUCACAAAUUUAUAAGAAGGCCUUGCAAAGAAGAAAUUGAGGAAAUAAUAGAAAAUGAAACCAUUGAGAGUGGGCCCUUCAGUGAUGACCAAGAGGAACAUGUGGGUAAUCCAUCAGUCACCGAUGGAAAUGUUGGAAAUAAGCCAUCAAUCACAGAUGAAAGUAUUGGAAAUUGUAAUGAACCAUCAUCAGAUGACUUGGAGAUUCUCACAAAAGUUCCUCUUGUACUUCCAAAGCCAAAAAGGCUUAGAGGACCAGCUAGGAAAAGAGUCUUAUCUCAAGCGAUAGAAAUUGAGAACCCUAUCGCUAAUUUAACAGGUCUUCAAGAAUUGAAGAGAAAAGUGAGUGAUGAAGAACUGUAUGAAAAACGAAGGAAACGAAGACAACUUAAGAAAGUGGAGCCAGAUGAAGAGUCUGCAGCAGAUUUAUCAAGAAUACAAGUUACUGAUAUAUCUCCAAGAGAAGCUAAAGUGGAGGUAAGUAUAUGUAUGAGUAAUGAUGAAAUAAAUGAUGAAGUUAAUGGUAGUUCAUUGUUAAACAGUGAGUAUGUGAAACUUGUGAAACAAGAAAAUUUAGAUCGCACUAUAACUUUGAAUAUCCAUUUGAAAGGGGAAAAUAUUGAUGAAAUCCAACAUUUCAAGAUAUUACACAGUAGUUGGAUGACCAUUCAAAAUCAUAAAGAAAAAUUUGAUAGGCUUAAAAAGAAGUUGAUAUCAAUUAUUUUACCAGACCAUGUCAAACAUAGUAUACACGAGGAUAAGGUGCACAUUGAAAUUACAGUCUUAGAAACUGAAGGUGUUGAAAUUGAAUCUGAUACUGGUAGAAUUUGCAAAGUCAAGACAGACCCAGCCAGCAGUGAUGCAGUAUUUUCCACAUUGCAUGAUAAGAUUGAAUUAAACUGUGAUGAUUAUAGGUUGUCAGACACACAGAAUAUAACUCUGAAAAUGGAAAAACCUAGCAUUACACCCCAGAAGAAAAGUUGGAGUGCAAGUGACGUUAUUAAGGAUUUACAAGGAGUAUGGCGGUCAGAUAUUUUAGAACCUUCAGUGGAAACAAUAGAUGAAGACGAUUUUGUCUCUGCUUCAUGUAUCACAAAAAGAGAAUCACUGUCUCCGGGUGUCUGCAAUGAUGAAUUUGAGCUUUAUCCAUGUGAUGAUGAAUGUGAACUUUACCAAGGUUCACCCCAGGAUAUUUGGGAAGAAUCUGAGAGGAAUGAUAAAGAUUCAAAUUUCGAUGAGGGGAAAAGUUUUGUAGAUCUUGUUUCAGAUGUUGACGACUUUGAAGAUGAAUCAGAACCCAUCAUAUUAACACCCAAUGUUGGCAUUGAUAGGAAGGGAUAUCCUUUUAAUCACUGUAACAUUGGGCCAACAGAAAAUAUUUCAAAAUUUAGCCCCUCAGUAGCUUCUACAUCCAUGUUCACAUCAGCACAAUCAAUGGACAAUGCUGUAGAAGUGAAAGGAACAGUAAUGCCAACACCAUUGUACAGAGUGGCAGAUCAGAUGAUAGUAUCUCAAUCCCAAAGACACUUGAAUUCUACAUCACCCAAUAAAAAAUUGUUUACAUACAGAAGUCCAUUAGUUGUAUCUAGUGGACAAAACUCUACUUUUGUUGCUCUGUCAAAUUCACUACCAUCAAUUAGGAGUCAAGAUCCCCAGAGGGCUUCUCUGCAAAGUCAGCCAUCUUACAUACAGUUCAGUUCAGAGUCCAUAAGAAAACCUGCUCCAUAUAAUCAACCAGGAGCAGAAUUGGGAAACAGUCCCUCCACAGUUAGUCAUACAGUACCCACAGUUGUAAGCCCACAGGGUGUUUCUCCAGUUCCAUGCCUUGGAAGUCAGGUUCCUGUAUCCGGUCAACUAGUUACAGCCUGUGGGAGUCAGAGUCCUUUGUGUAAUGUGCAAACACCAGCAAGGUUUCCAGGGUCAGUGACUAUUACUCCAAAAGGGCUCUUUCCAGAAAAUAGAAUAUCAGGAGUCAGAACCCCCGUUGCUCAUGUCCAUAAUCCAACUCCUGCAUCUGGAGAGGUUCUAAGACCUAUUCUAGAUCCAAGGGGUGAGAAAUUAUUGAAAGUGAAAAUUAAGGAUACCCACUCAGUGUUUGUUCCAGCAAGUAGAAUUUUUACAAGUCCAAAAGAAAUACAGUAUCUGUCUGAUAUGACAGUUAACAAAGACUGUGGUAAUCAAAUCACCAACAGUGAACUGCCCAUCACAGGUUUACACCAUGUAAUCCCUCCUAGUAAUGCCUUACCACCAACAUCUGUUGUUGAGCAAGAAUAUGGUAUAAAAAGUGAAUCAAACUCUUCUUGGGUAUCAAAUGAUUCUAAAUCAUCUUCAUUUUCAAACAAUUCCAGUAAGGUGUGUUCUUUUCUUUUUUCUGCAAAGUUCUCAAAACAAUCAGGAAUAAAAAGAACUACUACUGCAGAGGCCAAAGGUAUACCUGUAGGUCCUAAGAAAUCCAAAGUCCCAUUUUUUUUCAAAUGUAGCCUUGUGCCAAAGAAAAAAUCUCAAUAAGUGGACAUCAUACAGAAAGAUUUUACAUAAGGAUUUUAAUUGUACACUUUGUUUACUUUUGAGAUUCAUAUUUUUUGUUGAGAUAUUUUUUGUAUGGAAAAAUAUGCUUAAAAAGUGUCUUGCUUCUAGAUUACCCAAAUAAAUUUUUAUGUAGAUACUGUA